AUGCCAUUUCUCUUGUUUUCUCUCGUGUUUACAAAUAUGCAAGCACAAGAUAAUAACGGAGAACGCUUACAAUUACACAAAAGACUGUUCUUCACUUGGUCUCUCAUUCUUCCGUCACUGGUGUUUUCCCUCCUCUCAAAUAAGUCAUACCUUUCCUUCUCUUUCUCUCCUCCCCUUUUUCUCUCCUUGUUCAAAUCCGAGUCUCUCCCUAUAUAUUUAUUCAUACAUAUAUCACUUGACUCUCGCAAACAACAUUCGUUGAGCUUUUAUUUUUCUUUCUCUCAUCCAACCAAUAUUCUCUGGUUACUGUCUUCAUUAGCUCUGUUCAUUAAUACACAUCUGUUUUUCCUUAUCUCUGACUGUGCCUUCUUCAUCCGUUUCCAAUUCUCCAACUUCCCCGCCCACGGUUGUUCCUUUAUCUUUUGUCACUCUUUGUGUCACUGUUUACAAUUCAGUGGGGUCUGGAAGUGCCUAAAUGCUUCCGCGUUUUCUUGGACGGGCAACGAAUACCACAUUUUUCUGAUGACGCUUCUGGGUCAAUCCAUUCUACAAUGUCAGCACAGACAUUUUCCGGACCAGGAGCAUCAAGGCCAUUUUUCUUUGUCAGGAUCAUCUUUGGGAAUUGGCGAAACAACUGCUACGAUUGAUCCAGCAGCAACUUGUCCACAACCAGCGUCUUCUUCGACACUUCAAAAUUCGGCGUUUGGCCAAACAUUUAUCGAAAACCUCCUAGAACUCUUUUUUUUAUCUCUCUCCUUUUUGAUCAUUCUCUUUUUUCUCCCUUUCUUUCUCUGUCGCUUUAUCGCUCUCACUUUCAUUCACUUAAUCAUAAAGCAAAGACCUAAUGAAACUACCCAGGUAUUGACUGCUUACAAUCCGGCUGCACAAAGAAUCGGAGAAAUUCACUUCUAUCUUACCAUUUCCUUCGCUGUCAAUAUUCUAUCUAUCUAUCUAUCUAUCUAUCUAUCUAUCUAUCUAUCUAUCUAUCUAUCUAUCUGUCUGUCUGACUGA